AUGUCUUCUCCUCCAUCGUCAAACGGGAACCAGUCCUGGAUAUCAAAAAUAUGGAAUAGACAGGCUUCUUUUUUCAAUCCCUCUGUCCAUGUACCAACAGCCACCAUUGUCAGCGAGUCAACUGAUACGUCACAGGAUGGCUUAGAUUCUAACACCUUGAUAUCUAAUCCGAUCAAUGAUGUCUCCCGGUGUGGGCGUCCUUCUGGAUCAACUACAUCGCAAUCACAAAGAAACUUUCCUAGUAUUGUUGUUGACUCUUGCAGGUGUUGCGGAACAAUACUGAAGUACCCAGCAGGUAUUAGCAAGGUUCGCUGCCUGGUCUGUCAAACGCACAUGAGUAUCAACGAAGAGACUAGAGAGUCUUGUGAGAGAUCUCAAGAGACAGCUGCGAGACCACUAUCGUACGGCUUUUUAAAAGACUUCAUUAACCAAUGCUCCACUGAAAAAAAAUCGAUUGGAGAUGAUCGCAAUCCACACAGAACUUUUAGACCUUUAGAGAAUAUGCUCUUUGAAGCAUUUUCCUCUUUUUCCAUACUUAAUAAUUCCUUUAGACUCUCAAAUUUGACAUCACCGAGUUACCGUUCCCCGAACUUGAACUUCAACGAAGCAAAAAAAUCAUUUGGCCUACUGUUAAGUCUACCCACGAAACGUCCGUUUUACAAGCUUUUACUAGGCGCACUAUAUUUGCUUAAGCACCCACCUCCCAUGAAAGAGCCUAGUGAUAUUAAUUGGCUAUUGAUCUUGCUGGAAAUUCCCAUUUUAUCGGACUGUUUAAUAAGUGGAAUCGACUCCUGUCCGGAUAGCCUUGCGCCUGAUCUGAAGGCCUCUUGCUAUGAUGUCCUGAAGCAUGUUAUUGGAUUGCUUUCCUACUCGGAAAAGAAGAUCACGAGCCGCCUCACUUAUUGGUGGUCUAGAUUGCCACACGAUGAAUUCGUCAAAAAGAUUGAUUUUAUCAACCUAUACAUCACUUUUCAACUCACAAGGUGCAUCAAUUACGAGCUGUUUAACUCGGUUAUACAGCCUGGGUCUUAUUUAGAUGUUUCCAUGAGCGAUGAUAUCAAUUUCAAGGAAAACCUGAAUGCUCAUUUUAUCCGCCCGACCUCUAAAAGUUCUGAUUUUGGUUUGUUCAUUGGUCUACCUCUUUAUAUCUCGUCGGGAGGAAGACGUACAGAUAUUUCUUCAAGUUCAUCGUUUUGGUCGGGAAAAAAGGAGCCGAAAGAACAUGAAGUAAAAAUCAGGUUACAACAAUACGGGGGUGACUGGCACUUGCGUACUGCAGGCAGAUUAGCAUCAUUCUUAUUUAUUGCAAACAAGAAGAAUAAGAAGGUCAGUGAUGCCGUCUUCUACAAUAAUCUUGUGGAUUACGUGAAUGUGAAGCAAGAUUUCGAUGCUUGGCAAUUCAACGCUUCGACCAAAAAGCACGAACAAAGUACAGCGAACAAGGACUCUUUGCAGCUCGUGGUUGACUAUUUGCAAGCUGAAACGAAGGCAAGCUACUUAGGACUUUCUAGUCCCAAUGGAACUCUUAGGAAAUCUUCGUUCACUUUUUGCCAAUUUCCCUUCCUUUUAUCGUUAGCGGCCAAAAUAUCGAUUCUUGAGCACGAGGCGAAAAGAACGAUGGAGCGAAAAGCAGAAGAAGCAUUCAUCCAGUCUCUCAACAAGAAAAUGCCCUUUGAUGUUUACUUCAAGGUUCGAGUGAGGAGGAACUUUAUCACAACUGAUUCGCUACGGUGCAUUAAAUCUCAUCAAUCAGAUUUCAAGAAACUUUUAAGAGUAGAGUUUGUUGAUGAACCUGGAAUUGAUGCCGGUGGGCUAAAAAAGGAGUGGUUCUUGCUGCUUACUAAGGACCUAUUCAAUGCGGAUAAAGGAUUAUUCUCAUAUGAUGAAACAUCUGGAUUAUGCUGGUUCGCAAUAUCCAAUUUAGACAAUGACGAACUGUAUUAUCUAGUUGGUGUCGUGCUUGGAUUGGCAAUAUAUAACUCUACGAUCCUUGACCUUCGAUUGCCAAAAGCUCUUUACAAAAAAUUGAUGGGACAAAAGGUUACCUUGAAUGAUUUUAUUCAAUUGAAUCCAGACGUUGGGCACAAUUUCAAAAGAUUGUUGAAGCUAGAGGAUGUCAGCGACCUUGAGUUGUUUUUUACAGUUUCCUAUUCAGAUAUAUUUGGAGACAUACAUCACGAAGACCUUAUUCGAGAUGGAUCAUCCAUUAAGGUAACGAACGAGAACAAGUAUGAAUACGUCGAAAGAUAUUGCUCAUUUUUCUUAAAUGAAAAGGUGAAAGCACCUUUCAAAUCGUUUUUGAACGGUUUUCAGCAUGUCAUUGGUGGAAAUGCAUUAUCUUUGUUUACUCCUGAGGAAAUCGAAUUGAUACUGAUUGGAGAAGAUUAUCGAAACCAAAAGAUUGAUAUCGAGAUCCUGAAAUCUGUCACCAAGUAUAAUGGGUUCUCCGAAACUGACAAUACUGUCAAGUGGUUUUGGGAUUACUUUGAGCGCAAAAGUGCUGCUGACCAACGCAAAAUACUAUUUUUUAUUACAGGAUCGGAUCGGUUGCCGGCGACUGGACUGCCAUCCUUAACAUUCAAAAUCACAAAGCUUGUUGAUCCGAACUUAGAUCGUUUACCAAUCGCCCAUACAUGUUUCAAUGAGCUUUGUCUUUACGCUUAUCGCUCAGAGGAGAUCUUUGUUUCGAAGUUAGACAAAGCUAUAUGGUAUAGUGAAGGGUUUGGCUUGAGAUGA